UAGUUUCUUCAAAGAAUGCACAUCUCUUCACAAUGCCAAACUUCUUCACCAGCAAACCAUUAUCAGUGGAAGCUGCAAAGACAGGGCCAUUGACAUUAUCUCAAUGUACUUAUCAUGUGAAUGUCCUAGUUAUGCACUUACUGUCUUAGAACAUCUACAGCCAUCUCCUUCUCUUGUUUACUGGUGGAAUGCACUUAUAAAAAGAAAUGUACAUUUAGGAUUAUAUAAUGAUUCUUUGAAUCUCUUUUAUCGGAUGACGGCGCUUGGAUGGACAGCUGAUCACUAUACAUACCCUUUUGUUCUUAAAGCUUGCGCUGAGAUUCCUGACACUCGUAGAGGUAGAAUUGUUCAUGCUGUUAUUUGUAAUUAUGGGUUUGAGUCGAAUGUGUUUGUUUGUAACUCUUUGGUGGCAAUGUACGCUAGAUGUGGCGCGUUAGUAGACGGCCGGAAGAUGUUCGAUGAAAUGUGUCAGAGGGGUGUGACUGAUAAAGUCUCAUGGAAUUCAAUUGUUGCUGCUUAUAUGCAAUCAAGGGAUUCAGAUGAAGCUUUGAUAUUGUUCAUGAGAAUGACGAGAAAUGUUAAGCUUUUGCCAGAUGUAGUGAGUUUGGUUAACAUUCUUCCUGCUUUUGCUUCAUCUGGUUCUUGGGAGCAUGGUAGACAAGUUCAUGGUUUAGCAGUAAGGAAUGGCUUAUUUGAUGAUGUUUUCGUGGGUAAUGCGAUUCUUAAUAUGUAUGCUAAGUGUAAAAUGAUGGAUCAAGCUAAGAAGGUUUUUGACGUUAUGGAGGAUAAAGAUGUAGUUACUUGGAAUGGAAUGGUGACUGCGUAUUCUCAGAGUGGGUCUUUUAAAGAUGCAUUGCUUCUGGUUGAGAAAAUGAAGGAGAAGAGAAUUGAAAUGGAUGUGGUUACAUGGAGUGCUGUAAUUGCAGGUUAUGCUCAACGAGGUCAUGGUUGUGAGGCCUUGGAUGUGUUUAGACAAAUGCAGAUUUCAGGGUCUGUGCCAAACGUUGUCACUCUUGUAUCCCUUCUUUCAGGUUGCGCCACUGCUGGAGCUCUACUUCAAGGGAAAGAGACCCAUUGUUAUUCGAUGAAACGCAUUCUAAAACGAGAGGGGGUUGAUCGUGAAGAAGAUAAAAUGGUAAAUAACACACUUAUUGACAUGUACGCAAAAUGCCAGGAUGUUAGUAGUGCCCGUUGCAUCUUCGACUCAUUAACAUUUAUAGAGAGGAAUGUAGUCACUUGGACUGCCAUGAUAGGUGGUUAUGCACAACAUGGAGAUGCUAAAGAUUCAAUGAAACUGUUUUCAGAAAUGAUGCGAGGAUCUAGCACUCCAAAUGCCUUUACAAUAUCAUGUGUUUUAAUGGCAUGUUCUCGUCUUUCUGCAUUGAGGUCUGGUAAAGAGAUCCACGCGUAUGCUCUUCGAAACCGAUAUGAGAAUUCUAUGUUACGUGUGGCCAAUUGUCUGAUAGAUAUGUAUUCUAAAUGUGGGGAUGUUGAUGCAGCUCGCAAUGUCUUUGACAAUAUGAAACAAAGGAAUGACGUCUCUUGGAUUUCGUUAAUGACUGGUUACGGAAUGCAUGGCCGAGGUGAAGAUGCUUUAGAGUAUUUUGAUGGAAUGUUAAAAGAAGGUUUUGUUCCCGACGGACUCACUUUUGUUGUUGUGCUCUAUGCGUGUAGUCAUUCUGGUAUGGUAGAUCAAGCGAUCGAUUAUUUCAACAAUAUGACGAAGGAUUUUGGAGUCAUUCCUCAAGUGGAACACUAUGCUUGUAUGGUUGAUGUCUUGGGUCGAGCAGGUCGAUUAAAUGAAGCUGUUGAACUUAUCAAUAGAAUGCCUAUGGAACCAAGUCAAAUUGUUUGGGUAGCACUGCUUAGUGCUUGUAAAACUCAUACCAAUGUGGAAUUGGGGGAAUUGGCUUCAAAGAAACUGUUAGAAAUGGAUUCUGAAAAUGAUGGUUCUUAUACCUUACUUUCAAAUAUAUAUGCAGAUGCUGGAUGUUGGAAUGACGUAGCAAGGAUUAGGUCAUUGAUGAAGAAAUCUGGGAUCAGGAAGAGACCUGGGUACAGUUGUGUUCAAGGAAAGAAGGGUAACACCACAUUUUUUGUGGGGGAUAGGUCUCACCCACAAUCAGAACAGAUUUAUAAGGUUCUUGCGGAUCUGAUUUUGCGAAUCAAGGAACUUGGGUAUAUACCGAAAACCAGUUAUGCUCUUCAUGAUGUGGCUGAUGAGGAAAAAAACGAUCUUUUAUCUGAACACAGUGAGAAACUUGCUCUUGCUUAUGGGAUUCUUACCUCAUACCUUGGAGCGCCAAUUCGGAUUAUUAAGAACCUUCGUAUCUGCGGUGACUGUCAUAGUGCCAUAACUUUUAUAUCCAAGAUUGUGGAUCAUGAAAUUAUAGUGCGGGAUCCAAGUCGCUUCCAUCAUUUUAAGAAAGGUUCUUGCUCUUGCAAAGGGUAUUGGUGAUGCUGAGAACCUGAUACUAGCUCCAGAUAGGCUUCGUUAACAUUAUACAGUACAGUGUAAAGAUCAAGAAAAGGUGAAAGACUUCGGAACACUCUUAAAGAAGGUGGAAGGUUGAUUUAGCAGUUUUUGGAGGUCUCAGAAGCAGCUAACAGUGCAGUGAGAAGUUCAGGAAGAUUAUUAAACCUCCCUCUUGCCAGUGAAGCUCUCAAAAAAAGAUUAUGUCGAGAAGCUCCUUCAAGCAACAUCAACAUCAUUUUCUCAUCAAACGUCACGUAAAAUUGAGCAGUCUAGUUAAACACUAAUAUCAGGGCAGGAGGCCUUGUGCAGAACGCCAGCAGCUCAGAGAACGACAAGGCUGUGCUGCUUGUUGCUGCUGAAGGAUCUUCCUGGCCUAUUACUGUUCCCAUUCAUGAGCUACAGGCAAUUGAGAUAGGUCUCGAAUUGGCCCGUGCAGGAAAGACAUUCUGGGGUCUGACUCCUAGACUGUUAUUCAAUAUUUUAAAGCAUAAGAUUACUUAUCCUCCUUGGGGAUCAUAAAACCAGUGUAGAACAGGGCCACGGAAUGAGGUACACUGUACAGAAGGACCAAAUCUUCCUGUUUUACUUGCUUAGCAUAUGAAACUGCACAAAAUGGAUGGACAACCCAGGAGGGCACAUGAUUGAUCCAGUUGUAAAGUUUUUUUGGCAGUAGGGUUGUCAUUAUUCAUGAACCAAAUCCGUGGAUCCUUGGGUAGUUCUACAGCUAAACCUGUCUAUGAAGCACACAGGUGUGGUCUUUUACUUUUACAACCAAAACAGAGGAAUGCAGUUUUAGCAGCAGCUCAAGAGUGUGCCUAUCCUGGGCUCAGCAGUUUUAGCAGCAGCUCGAGACAUCUGAUUUCACAGCCUUCACAUUCCUAUGGACAUGAAGCCACUUUUCAUGUGCUGAAAUGUUCAUCAAUACUGAGCAUCUAUGGUGUCUGCCUAACAUAUUCCAACCCGUUAUUCCCUUAUUCCAGAUGAUGGGACACUAGCAUCCAAGGGGUGAUGCACUUUCAAUCUUUCAUGGGAACAUAGA